AUGUCCGGCAUAGUGGCUGCGCGCGAACGGGUGGCGGUUUGCGAGCAGGGCGAGGCAUAUCCCUCUGCGCAAGCUCGACCCAACAGCACCAUUACGCCGUACUCCACGUCGGCGAGCGCAGAUGCGCCUCUUCCACCUUCGAUCACAGACAAGUUCAUUCUCCCCCUCGACCCCGCCGAGUUUAAUGAACCAGACGCGGACGAUCAACUGCACUCGCCUGAACCACGAAGGGAUCGCAAGUACGAUGGAGGUGGACACAUCUUCACCGGCCGAGGGUUCAUGAACUUGGGCUGCAUAUUCGUCCUCUGUGCCGGGAUUAUCACCCUUUUCGCGGGUUACCCGCUCAUUACCUACUUCACGGAGCACAAACAAUCAAAUCUCGGUGGCUUCAACCUUGGCGGAACCAAUGCAUCUGGCCAGGUUCCUGACAUUUCGGGCAACUGGGGUCUCAUCGAUGAUGAAACGCCCGAAGACGUCCGCACGAAGACGGAUUAUGUGAACGGUGCAACAUGGCAGCUCGUCUUCAGCGACGAGUUCAACGUCGAAGGGCGGUCGUUCUACCCCGGAGAUGAUCCUUACUGGGAAGCCGUCGACCUCCACUACUGGCAGACGAACAACAAGGAGUGGUACGACCCCGCGGCUAUCACGACUAAGAACGGCUCGCUCGAGAUUCAGCUCUCGCAGAAGGAGAACCACAAUCUCGCAUAUACGGGCGGGAUGAUGGCCACGUGGAAUAAGUUCUGCUUCACGGGCGGCCUGGUCGAAGCUUCCGUGAUGCUUCCCGGUUUCAACAACGUCAAGGGUCUCUGGCCCGCCAUAUGGGCGAUGGGCAAUUUGGGUCGUGCGGGUUAUGGUGCAUCGCUAGAAGGCAUGUGGCCAUACACGUACGACUCGUGCGACGUCGGCACGGUGGCCAACCAGACGAAGGACGGGCUGCCGGUCGCCGCAACAGAAGACAACGGCUCCAGCGACAACGGGGUGCUCUCGUACCUGCCUGGCCAGCGCCUUUCCCGGUGUACCUGCGAGGGCGAGUCGCAUCCUGGGCCCGCCCACAAGGACGGAACGUAUGUUGGCCGAUCGGCGCCAGAGAUUGACAUGUUUGAGGCGCAGGUCGAAGGAGAUUCCCUCUCCACCAACGUCGGAUCGGUUUCGCUAUCGGGACAAUGGGGCCCCUUCAACUAUCAGUACACGUGGGACAAUACUUCCGAGACGUUGUACAUCCCCGACGAGACUAUCACCGUGCUCAACAGCUACAAGGGUGGUGUAUAUCAGCAAGCGACGUCUUGCGUGACCACAGUUGAUCAAAAGGCGUACGAGUUCAAUGGCUACCAAUACUCCACAUACGGUUUCCAGUAUGCCCCAGGCUACGACGAUGCGUACAUAGGAUGGAUCGCCAACGGGGCUCUCGCGUGGAAGCUGACAGCGGCGGGUAUGGCAGCGGAUGCUACAGUCGAGAUUAGUGCAAGACCAGUCCCUCAGGAACCCAUGUACUUGAUCAUGAACCUGGGCAUCUCCGAGAACUUCGGUACCGUGGACUACGACAACUUGCAGUUCCCAUCGACGAUGCGCGUAGACUGGAUCCGAGUGUAUCAGGAGCCAGGGAACAUCAACAUAGGCUGCGAUCCGGACGACUUCCCGACGGCGGCGUACAUCGCAGAGUACUCCGAGGCGUAUUCGAACCCCAAUCUGACGACAUGGGUGGACGACUACAAGCAGACGUUCCCGAAGAACAGUUUCCUGGGCGAGUGCUGA